AUGCUUCAGGUCAAAGCUCAACUCCUCCUUGUAGUAAAAUGUGGAAUCCCUGCGAGCCCCCCUCCGAGCGGCAAAAGGUCCGUCAAUUUCCGAACCAACGCGACUGAUCCCAACCUGGAUCGGAUUUGGUCGGGAUCUGCCGUUCCUUACGAAGGGAAGUAUCCCUGGAUGGCGCACUUCCAAGAUAAAGGAGAAUUCUGUGGGGGUACCCUCAUCAAUGAUCGAUACGUCCUCACUGCAGCUCAAUGCGUCGAUCAGAGCCCAUCGGACACUUUCUAUGUGACCCUUGGAGAUUUGGACUGGUCGACGACGACCGAAAGUCAAUCCAUUCGGCUGCCAGCACGGGCCAUCAUCCACCCUCAAUACGACCCAGUUUCCAAAGUGAACGACGUCGCCCUGCUCAAGCUCAACUCUCCGGUGGACUUCCAGGCUUUCCCUCGUAUCCGUCCUAUCUGUACUUCUGUCUAUGCCUUGCCAAUUCCAGGACUAAUCGGCAGGAUCGCUGGAUGGGGUUACGAUAGCGGACCGGGGAUCAGCACGGUGAUGAAAGAGUCGAAAGCGACCAUCAUGAGGGAGAUGUUUUGCAUGAACUAUCAGGGCACCGUCGUCAACGACAACAAUUUCUGUGCUGACUCAGAAAGAAAGAACUUCUGUAACGGCGACGUCGGCGGCCCGUUCAUGUUCGAAACCGAGGCUGGCUUCUACCAACAACUCGGUAUCAUUUCCUCGCCCACCAAGGAAUGCUACAACGGCCUUGGAGGAGUCUACAUUAAGACGGCGAAUUACAUGAACGGGUUCAUCAAGCCCAACACCCAGGAUGCCGUCUGGUGCUCUGCCGCCGAGCGCUGA